UUGCGUAUGCACGUAGUUUGUGAGUAAGUGAGUGAGAGAGUAAUGUGAGGAUGCCAAAGAGAAGCGGUGGUGGUGCAGUUGAGUAGAGAGGGAGGAGAGCCAAAGCGCAAGUCGACAGGCGUGACAGCGGACUAUGGAGCAGAUCCCGUUUGAGCCCAGCGAGUUCGAGCGAGAGGCAGCUUAUCCCUUUCCCUUUUGCAACUAGUGUGCUGAAAACUGUAGGAAUUACUGGCUGAAAAGGAAUGGCUGAUCCUCUGCGGAGGACUAUACUUGCGAAACUUCGGGGAAAGAAAUUGAAGAAAGGAGCGUCAGCCGGUGGUGGAUACGGUUGUUCGGCUGCUACUGCAAAGAAGGACGGGGAAGGUAAAGACAUAGUACUUCUGCAACAGCAAAACAGUGUGACUGACUCGAUAUUCUUUAUUACAGAGCUGGACUGUGGACCGGCGACUGAAAGAAUGAGUACUUACGAGAAUUUUGACAACGGGGCGUUAGUAGAAGUCGGGGGGUUUCUUUUCCGGAAGUCGAAACGUGUGGUCUUUGCAAGUGCUUGUCCCCGCUACGAGGUUUCUAGUCGUCGCAUGAACCCCAGUAGCGAGGAGAGAGAGCCGACCAGCAGCAGGUGUAGAUAUCGGGUUAAUGAGGAGCUCCUGGGGGUCCCAGUUCAAAGAGGUGUGCAGUUUUGGGACUAUGGUAAGGAUACGAUCCUUCAGGAGCCAUAUUCUUUAGGCAAAGCGGGGCUGCCCAGUGGGGAACGCGUCGCAGGUCUGCACACACCGGGAAAACACUUUCCGCGGAAGUACAGCGUAGGCGAUUCAAUUGGUUUUGGGGAAAACCACAACCAUCACGUCUCCCAUACACAAUUAGACUCAAAUAGUACAGAAGUUGUCGAUGCCGCCCGCAUCUCUGACCUCGAUACAGACAGCGUAUGUUUGAAUGACAAAGAAGCAAGAGUUCACAGAUAUGGAAGCAGCGAUCGUUCUUUAGGAAUGCAGCACAUGGCGGAGAGUGUUGUGGCUGUAAACCAGCGUCGACAUAACGCCGAUUCUAAUUAUGACCAUAACCGACCUAUAAAUACAAAAUCUGCAACGUGCACCACACUCAUAAAUCCAACUUGUGACCCAAGCUAUUGCCUCACAGGAAGUAAUACCGAGGAGACCAUUUUAAUCAGAAACAUUGAGAGCUAUGAAAGCUCAGAGUUCUCUGGCAAAAUCAGGUUGAUCAACCUUCAGAGCCCAACCUAUUUCCCUCCGGAAUCAGAAAUAAACAUGUCUUCGCUGUGUGCAACAGAAGGGUCCCCCAUUCGCCACUCUUUGGACAGUGAAGACGAGGACUACUACGAUAACGAAAUACUGCCCUUUUACGAAAGUGUGAGAAAUGGUGCAAAUGAGAUGACACGUGGGAAGAACCAUGAAGUGGUCCAGAGCAGGAAGGAUAGAGGCCAGGGGUUGAGGGAGAUCAGCAUCCUAGAGACCGACCGGCUCCGGAGCCAGCUGAAAGAGGCCUAUUACCUCCUCAUCAAUGCCAUGCAUGAUAUCAACCUGGACGUGCAGCAGCAGCAUAGUGAUGGUAAGAAGCAGCAGACGUACUCCUCUAGCAGCAGCCCCUCCAGGGACAGCCUGUGCUCCAGGCUCUCGGUAAAGAAUAUGGACAGCGACUCCUGGUCGUCGGGGGGGGACCAAAGCCCCCAGCGGUUGUCGGACUCCAACCCCAACCUGCUCUGCGUCAGCGGGACGCCUGGGUCCUGGUGCAGGGGCAGUAGCCCCCUAGACAGCAUCAGCCCCCUGGACAGCAGCAGCCUGGGGAACCUCCUCUCCAUCACCAGCUCCUCGGGACCGCCCAUACCACGCUCGGCUAGCGACGGCGCUAUCAGCUAUCACCACUGUAGAAGAGGGCCUGUGGCCAUGUGUGAGGGCGCAGCCGACAGCGGGAGUCCUGAUGUGUGUGAGGACUUGGCUGUGGUGGAGCCUACGGGGCUAGAGGUUCAGAAGGAGGGAAGAGGAGGCCACCAGGCUGCUAACCAAGAGGCCACCAGCAGCAAUGAGCAGCCUCAGGACGGUGUGGGCAAUUCAUGCCGGAUGCUGUACGCGAGCGGGGGCUCCUUCGCCAGUCUCACAGGGUCAUCCGACAACAACAACGCAGACACCCCCCUGCCUGAUGCCCCCAAGGAUCCCACGGGUGCACAGACUCUGGCUGCCCCCACCUGCACCUUGGCUAGACAGGGUCACCACCAUGGAGUCACGGUGAACAAGAUGCAGGAAUGGAUGCAUAAGGGCCGCCUGCUGUCGUCGGAGAUGAAGCAGCGCAUCGAGGGUUCGUCAUCAUCCUCCUCGUCUACCUCCUCCUCCAGCCCGCCAGCGGGGCACAAGGCAUGGGAGCAGGAGGCCAUUCUUGGGGCCCAAAGGGUGAAACCGCUGGGUCACGGCGGGGAUAAGCCGGUUCCCAAGUCCCCCCGGCAGUCCACUGCGUCGUCGCCACAGCAACAUCCAGUUCCCGAUGAGAAUGCACAGGGCCGCGAGCCAAACCAACGACCCAAUGAGCCGCCCGGUUGUCGGUCGAUGCUCAACUCCAUUACUGUCUCCAAGAAGCGCAACUGGCUGCAGCAAAGCUCGCUGGGGAGGGUCCAUGGGGUCGAGGAGCCCCUUGGAGAUCUUGGGGCUGAUGAGGAGGGAGGACAGCCUCUCAUUCGUCCCAGUUCUUCCCCUGAACUCCUGAUGCCCCCAGGGGUUUCAUUGUCACGCCCAGUGCGUUUUCACCUGCCGCAGGCCCAGGUCAUGCCACAGAUCCGGUGCAUUGACCCGGCUGAAGAAAACGAUGCAGAUGACGAGGGUGAGAUCUGGUACAACCCCAUCCCUGAGGACGAAGAACCAGCUCAGGUGACCAAAAACAACCCCCCCUCUAGGAGACCAGUGGCCUCACCUCCGCAGGAGAGCCAAGCCCCAAAGAGGAGGCCAAGCAGGUGCUGGGAUGGAGGCUCCUGUAGGACGCCAGACACCUCCACCAACACGGCCCGGCCAGAGAGGCUUAGGGAAGGCGGGGGCCUGGCCUGCAUUGCUGGCGGAGGAGAUGGGAGCCAGGGGAAUGCCACACAUUCCAUAGAUACACCACAUCUGCACAGGCAGAUGCUUUCUUGCAAAUCUCAGGAGGAGGCGGGGGCUUCCGGCAGCAGAGCAACGGAAGGCUCGGAUGAUCCCCAGGCAGCUGGGUUCUCGCCUCCCUCCAGCCCCAACCCAGCCAAGAAGCCCAGUUCCCUGAACUGGUCCUUCCCUGACAAGAUCAAGUCCCCACGCACGGUCAGGAAAAUCUCCAUGAAGAUGAAGAGGCUUCCGGAGCUGAGACGUAAGCUUAGCGUCAAGGGGUACCCCAGCAACGCCAACAGCAGCAGUGGCGGGGGCAACAGAGGCAGCCAAUCAGAGACCAGGGCCAACUCCUUUAGGCUGAAAAGCUCGGGUCCCGAGGCUAUGGCAAACUCCUCGAGACAUCCCAGAUUCUCUACGCCCGGUGGAGGAGGGCAGGCGAGCCACAACGUUAUCUCACGCUACCACCUGGACAGCAGUGUCUCCACCCAGCACAACUACGGCAAGAAGGAGAACAGUGGCGUGUCCAAGUCGGCCAAUAAAGGUGGCUAUCUCAGUGACGGAGACACCCCCGAGCUGGUCGCCAAGUCUGGGAAGCGCGGCUGCACGGAGGGCAGCGGGCGGAAGUGUAAGGAGUUGGGUCCCGGGAGUGUGGGAGCCGAAAAGGCGAUUGGGGGCACGGGGACUGCUGCCGGAGGGGGGGGCCCUCCAAAGCUGCACGGAACUGAGCUAGACAUCGACGCCUUCCGCCCAUACAGUUUCAGCCUGCAGCCAAAGUGCAGCCAGUACAUCUCGGGGCUGAUGAGCCUACACUUCUAUGGCGCAGAGGAUCUGAAGCUACCGCGCGUGGACUCACGUGACGUCUACUGUGCCAUACAGGUGGACUCUGUGAACAAGGCACGAACUGCCCUGCUCACCUGCCGCACCAGCUUCCUGGAGAUGGACCACACGUUUAACAUCGAGCUGGAGAACGCCCAGCACCUCAAGCUGGUGGUGUUCAGCUGGGAAUCAGCGCCCAAGCAGCGCAACCGCGUCUGCUGCCACGGCAUGGUUGUGCUGCCGGCGCUUUUCCGCGUAACACGCAGCCACCAGCUGACCGUGAAGCUGGAGCCACGUGGGCUGAUCUACGUUAAGCUUAACCUGAUGGAGCACUGGCAGAACUCACUGGACGGGGGUGGGGACGGCAGCCGGGAGCGCCGGGUGUUUGGCGUGGAGGCGUGGCGCGUGGUGGAGCGGGAGAGCACGGGGCUCCUGGUGCCACUGCUCAUACACAAGUGCAUCACUGAGAUCGAGAAUAGAGGCUGCCAGGUGGUGGGUCUCUACCGUCUUUGUGGUUCGGCGGUGGUGAAGAAGGAGCUACGGGAGGCGUUUGAGCGAGACAGCCUUGCCACAGAGCUGUGUGAGAACACCUAUCCCGACAUCAAUGUCAUCACAGGGGUGCUGAAGGACUACCUGCGGGAGCUGCCCUACCCUCUAAUCACCAAGCAACUGUACGAGGCCGUGCUGGAGACCAUGGUACAGAGGCCGCUGCGCAUCGGAGCCUCAGGCUGUGAGAACGACGCCGCUGACACCCAACAUACAGUCAGCCUGCUGGAGAAGCUGCCGGAGGUGGAAAGGGUGACACUCCGGAAGCUGCUGGACCAUCUGAAGCUGGUGGCGUCUCACCAGGAGGUGAAUAAGAUGACGUGUCAGAACUUGGCCGUGUGCUUCGGCCCUGUGCUGCUCAGCCAGCGGCAGGAGGCCUCCUGCCACACCAACCGGGUCUUCAUCGACUCCGAGGAGCUGGCCAGUGCCCUGCACUUCAAGAAACACAUCGAGGUCCUCCACUACCUGCUGCAGCUUUGGCCAGUGAUCUAUCCGGGCCAGCCCUUGAACUCCACCCCGACUCCUCACGCCUCUUCGUCUCUGACCAGUACCACUACCGCCAUGAUGAUUGACCUCCUGGGGGCCCCUCCACCACUUCGGCGGAGGAAGGAGCGGCCCCAGGUGCUGAACCUGAAUGAGGCGGAGAUGGCGGGCGUGCUGCGGCCCAAACCGGGCCGCCUGGACAGCCCCAGCAACCGCUACGCUGGCGACUGGAGCUGCUGUGGUGAGAGCUAUUUCGGAGUGCCGGAAGUACCAAUGCUCUCCGGGCCUCAGAGUGGCAGAGUUGAGGCGGACUAUGACGACGUGCCCUCUGAGGCAGGUGUAGAGGAGGAGGAGCAGCAGGAGAAGGAACAUAAAGUUUAUGAGGUGAAGGUGGAGGAGGAGGUGAAGGAGAAGCCAGAGGCUAGACAACAUGAUUGGGAGGAUGGAUCAGAAAAAGAGUCGGAAAAGGGAAAAGAGGGGGCGGUGGAGGAGGAGAAGGAUGAUGAGAAAAGACAAGAGACAGACAAAGAGGAGGUGGAGGAGGAUGAUAAUGAAGAGGAGCAGGGGGAGGUGCUGGUUGAGUGUGACAGUUUUGGAUGCACUCAGCCCUUAGAGACCAAGAUGAAGGAAGAAGUAGCCAUGAUGGAACAUGAGGAAGAGGAGAAGGGGCAGGAGGAGGAGGAAAGGUUGCGCAUCCACAUGCAACCACACCUCCAAAAGAAGCAUGCGUACCAGGCCUACGUGAAUAUCCAGGACAUCAGCCCCGUGCUCAGCAACAGGGUCAAUCUGCGGGACCUGCAAGAGAGCAUAGACACGCUCAUAGGCAACCUGGAGAGGGAGCUCAACAAGAACAAGCUUAACGUUGGCUACUGACGUGCACGUCCGCACCACGCAUACCUUGCACAUGCAUGUCUGGCACGCAUGCAAACGCAUGAUGUUAGACCGAUGGCGGUGCUUCAGGGUACAACCACAGUGUGGGUGAAAUGUACGGCAACACUGAUGUGUUGAUGCUCAAUGUGCUUUAUUUUCCAGUACAACUAAAUAUUGAAUAAUUAUUUGUAAAAGACGAGAGGUCUUCGCUAUUUUCUCUACCCUUAGACAUUCCACAAUGAUUUAGCCAUCAACUAUUUGUUUACUUUGUUCCUUUUUUACGAUGUAAUCCGGGUUUGUGUUUCAUGUUAUUGUUGGUUCUCUUCUUAUUGGAAGAACUCAUUGACCCCCAGGGGUGUAAAAGGUGCCUUGAUUGUGCGAAGGUGGUGUGCUGAAUAGGACAAUCCUGAAGUUAAGGAACACAGAAACAAUAUUAUUAAUAAUAAUAAUAUGCCAAUAUUAACAUUGUAUUAUUGAGAUGAUAUUUGACAUGCUGGAAGUCUGGAAAUAACAUUGAUCCCCAAGCUAUUAUUAGGAUUUCCUUGUUUGAGCUACGUUAUCUGAUGUUUUAUGGUUCUUUAGGUCUAACGAAUGUUGGUAUUACAUCCAUAAGCCAUCUUGUAAUGUUCUAGUAAUAGGAAAAGUCUGGAACAUUUUUGGUAUUGUUAUGCCUCACAUAAUGGGCCUGAGGGGUAUUCCAUCAAAGUCGCUAACAAAGGCGGCGCUUAGUUGAUUAAGCCCAGUUAGAACUAACGCCAACUUCCACUUGAGGCUAAAGCCGUUCCAGCAACCCAGUUCAGCCGCGCCUUGCUAAGGCUAGUUCAAGCCAGGCUUACGUUAUCGUGGAUUACGCCGCUCACGAGAUAUGUAACCAGCCCAGAACCAUGAAUGUCGAAUCAUGGAUCAAAUGUCCGAAAAGGACCGAGAGGGAUCUUUUCCAGCGGUGAACAGAAGUCUAUGAGGAGUACAACUGUACAAGCAUAUAUAACUCAAAAAGGGAACCCCAUCACCAUUAAUAAAAACAGGGAGGCCGCCUGACAAUAAAAUCGCCGUUCUUUUGAAUGCUUAAGUAGUAUUAAGCGUAAGAUAUUUAAAUGUAAUAUUGACUGAUUUGUCAUCAGGGAGAUGGUCUCGAGGUACCAUGUCAGACUUGCACCCGAUCGUCUGGGGUUCAAUCCCCAGGCAUUUAGUAAUUUAGGAAGGAUUCCUGGAGAAAUCCAACAACUUUUCAUGCCUUUUAUUUUCCAUUUCUUUGAAUAGACUUAAUUGACUAAACAUAGUAUUUAUGAACAGAGGUGGUCUCGGCUACCUGCCGAGAAACUCACCUGAAAGGAAUUUACGUGGCUGACAAUUUCCCAUGCAGCAGUGUCUCAAUUUCCCUAUCAGUAACAUUAAUGUUAACAUUAACUUUACCAUGGGUUUUUGCAAGUUAUAUUUUGGUUCUGGGGAUAUUGUAAGACAUAUUUAUUAUAGAAAAAGUCAAUUGUUAGGCUUAAUUUCUCUGAUAUAAAGUAAAUUACAAAAAUAAGCCUACGCCAAAAAUUGAAGGACGUAGGCUACUCAGGACGCGAACUCGCUUCGCCCGAACCUCAGGGCAAAUACUAGACCACUCCCCGAACUGCUAGUUCACAAAUUUGACAGAAUACAUAGCAUUAGAUAAAAAUGUUAUAAUAUCCACUAUAACAAUAGAUAGCAAUUCAUUUAAUUAUUUUAUUUGCAUAAUUUGAUCUUAGACCCUUAAAAUAUACGCUGUUUGUCAGCCUACUUCAUAUAUGUACAUAUAUGACAAAAUCUUGAGGACUAGGCUUGGCGGAACCUUCUGAUGGUACACUUGUUUCCGACAGAUGGGACUUCUCUGAAACACCGCUCAAGUAAGCCUGACAGUUGGCCUGGUACCGACCAGUUUCAUUUGGUCAGAUAAAUUGCCAUGGUUACUUAGUAGAGUUUCCCUUAAGUCAGGUCGAUGGAACGCAACUCAAAGUAGCAAAGCUAAGCGAAAUAAGCCCGGCUUUGCCUUUAGCUUUGUUGAUGGAAUACCCCCCUGGUCAGGGAAAAUGAGGUGGUCCUAGUUGUUUCAGUAUGAUUAAGUUUUGGAAUGCUUUCGGUGAGACUUUCCCUGCGUUCAGAAAGCUGGUCUAAUCUGUCCAAAAUCAUCAAAUCAAAAUGAUGUGAGUUGAAUUAUUUUCUAGUUACGUCUGAUGCUGUGUAAAUGUUACUUCAACCUGGAAUGGGUGCAAUUCCAGUCUUCCAUAGUAAUCUUCGAAUAACUCAAGCUUCAUUAUACAUAUCUACAAAUAUUUUAGAAAUGUGAUUUAUAAGCUUUUCACAUUGACUUCUUGACAAAAGUAAUCUUGGUAUGUUUAUCGGUUUCUACUUAAGACUUGGAGUUGAAAUAACGUAGUAUUUAUUGAUCUCAGGGGUAAGUAGAAAAAAGGAGAAAAUCUCUCUACAGAGUACAACAGUAAUUUUUUAACAUAUAUGCACUUAUAAGGCGGGGUGUGUGCUGAUAUGGUUCACAUUGCACUACUACACGUAUCAGUGUGUGUAAGCACUGCCAUGGACUAGCAUGGUUCGACACAAUGCUAUGCAGUGGCAGAUAAAAAUGACUCUAAUUUGGACACAUAAAGUCACACACACUCUAAGCAUGUGACGGCAUAAGAUGGAGAUAUGGGGGAUUGCCCUCCAAAAUGAGUCCAUAGUAUUUAAUGGAGUGUUCAACUGUGGGUUGAAGACAAAAAAUGGAAGACAAAUGUUUCUUCUGAUUCUUCCCCACUGGACAAAACCUUUGGGCCAAACUAUUAAAACCAUGAGUGGGACAAAGGCAAAUGUGAAGCGCAUGGUAGGAGUGGCUAUUACAUAGUAAAAAUCGUAACAGUAUGAGUUUUAUUCAGCUGCCUGAAUAGAUAAAAUAAUUUCUCCAGCUAUCCAGGGAUUCAGAAUGAUCAUUUAACCUAUAUGUGUACAGAUAAAUAUCUAUAAAAAUGUAUGAGUAUAUUUUGUUAGCUUAUGUUUCAGUGCCGUAAUAAAAAUUAAGAAUGUAUAAACAUAGAUAAUAUAUACUGUAUUUAUAUUUAUAUGUACAUUUACAGUAUAUAUUUAUAUAGAACAAUGCUAGUCUACCCACUUCAACCAAAUGGUUUGUUGAAACAUCUUAUCUCUGGUUAUAGCAACUGCUGUAUCAACAAUGCAUUGCUUUUUUCAGCCAUGAGCUGUGUCAUUUAUUCCCAGAGUGUGAGAUGGUGAAAGUGGGCUACAGUGGGUUGUCUUCCACACCAUUUGUCCCUGGGAAACACAGAGGAUACAGUUGAGCCUCUGCCUCCAUCUUACAGUUUUCAUUGCACUCACGUAUUGGUAGGUGAGUGCAACAAAAAUCAAAACAUCCAAAGUGAACCUUUAGUAGUCGGAAGGAAGCAAGUAUCAGCCUGUGCAUGCCUAUGUCAUUGUUUGUGUGUGUUGACAUUUAAUAGGUAUUCAAAAUGUUUUGUUUGUCCUUUGCAGAGAAAAUGCUGCAUAGAAUGCAUUAGACUAAGUGCAAAUUUGACUUUGUACUGACUCCAAGAAAAGUAUGAUCAGAAUAAAGUAUAAUAUUUCAAGAAGA